AUGACGGUGGCUAAGGGAAAGAAGCCUUACUUUGGGCUGACGGGAGGAUGGCUCACUCUGUGGGUUACUGUUGCUUGUGCAACAGACAUGUCCCUGUUUGGCUAUGACCAAGGUGUUUUCAGUGGCGUGGUGAUCACAAAGGACUUCCUUCAAAUUCACAAUCUCGAAGGUCCGACUAAGACCAAGACCUUGUCAACUGUGACGGCCAUCUACGAUAUCGGAUGUUUUAUAGGUGCCCUUCUCGCAUUCACACUCGGCGAGCGCCUCGGUCGGAAAAAGUCUAUCUUGUGGGGAACAACUAUCAUGGCUUUUGGCACGGUUCUCCAGGCUUCUUCAUUCAGUCUGCCUCAUAUCUUUGUCGGUCGUAUUGUAUCUGGUAUUGGGAAUGGUAUCAAUACGGCCUGCGCGCCAAUUUGGCAGUCUGAGACUUCACAAUCACGAUGGCGUGGUCGGCUAGUUACCUUUGAGAUGAUGAUGAACAUUGCUGGAUAUGCGACUGUCAAUUGGAUCAACUAUGGAUUGUCAUUCGUUGGAGGUGCGGUGGCAUGGAGACUCCCGAUUGCACUACAGGCGGUCUUCUUGGUUGUUCUUUGGUCUACUGUUCCUUGGCUACCAGAGUCCCCAAGAUGGCUCCUUAUGCACGGUAGAACAGAAGAGGCCGUCGAGGUGAUCAGUUGCCUCGAGGCCAAAUCCAUCAAUGACCCCUUCGUCAUUGCGCAGCGCAAUGAGAUUGAAUACACAGUCCGAUAUGAGCGUGAAAAUGCCGUGAGAUGGCGCGACCUUUUCAAGAAAACCCACCAUGAUACCAGCACACUGCGUCGCUUGCUGCUCGGAGCUGGUAGUCAGUUCAUGCAGCAAUUCGGUGGUAUCAAUAUCAUGUCUUACUAUCUCCCGACCGUCUUGGAACAAGCCGUCGGCAUGGGAGAGAGUAUGGCCCGUCUCUUGACCGCGUGCAAUGCUAUAUCCUAUAUGAUUUUUGCAGGCCUUGCGGUUCUCCUGAUCGAGCGCAUGGGUCGACGAGGACUGAUGCUUCUCUCAACCUUUGGCCAGUUUUUCUGUUUCCUUAUCAUUACUAUCUUGUUGAGAUAUGCUGAGAGUGCCACUGAUGCCGAGAGUCAGAAAUUCGGAUCUGCAUCUGUUGCAUUUUUCUUCUUGUUCCACGGCGCAUUCGGUAUCGGUAUGCUAGGAAUCCCUUGGUUAUACCCAACUGAGAUCAACUCCCUGCCGAUGAGAACCAAGGGAGUCGCCCUUGCGACCGCGACCGACUGGAUUACCAACUUCGCGAUUGUCGAAAUCACCCCCAUUGGAAUUCAGAGCAUUGGCUGGAAAUUCUGGAUUGUUUGGACAGUCACAAACGCUUGUUUUCUACCAAUUAUCUACUUGUUCUUCCCAGAAACUGCCAACCGAAGUCUCGAGGAUAUUGAUGCAUAUUACCGUUCUGAUCCAUCGUUGAUUGUAAUCAGGGAUCCUGAUGCUAUUUGCAGAGGCCGACCGCAAAAGUAUAUCGACCAUGAGGCAGAGGAAGUUAGCCGUACUGCCAAGAUUAAGGACAUCUCUAAGCCAGUUGAGGCCGAUCACAUGGAAUACACAGGUGAUACGACCGAAUGA